UUUACCCAAUCAGAGUCGACUAAACGGUGACGUAGCAGCGUUCCCACACUGACCAACUUAGUCACCGUGUUUUGUCCGAGUUUUAAAAACUUCACACGAAAAAUAUCGCUGUAUAUUUUCGGAUAAAGCCACUUUUCUUUGGCGUCCUCGGAGGGGAACAGAGGAGUUUGGAAUGCUCAGAAAAUGGACAGAAACACAGAUACAACGAAGUCGGCUGUGAGUAGUCUGAACGAUCGCACGUGGUCAGGGUGUGUUGUGUUGUUCCUGCGCUGCUGCAGUUCAGAACCUGACCUUCUUUCCUUCUACAAAGAUCAGCAAGAGAAGUUCAGCAUAUUCAAGACCAUUAAACUCACACUGACAGAUGUUGCGGGUGGGCUCGACGGUUACGAAAUACUCAAGCUUCACGACGCCGAUCCGUUCCUGGGAGUGGAGCUGAAGUUCACGGACAUCGUUCCCUGUAGGCGUUUCCUGGACAGCUACAAGAACGGCUCGCUGCUUCAGUUCCUGUCUCAGCACGCAUCACGCCUGCUUUCACUUCCUGAUGGUGUGGGCAUGGAAUCCAUGCUCAAGGCAGGAACACACACCUUGGACCACAGCCUUGAAGAUCCUGAACUCUGUCUACAGCUCGUAUACCAGUCUCAGCCCGUGCGUUUGAGGGAUGACGAGGUCACGCAGCUCGAGCAGCAGCUACAGAACUGCUGUAUUCCACCCAUCUCAACAAAUAAGGAAGUGCCCAAGAACUGCUUCCUGUUCCAGAAACGUCUGUUCGACGACAGGCCUCUGACGCCCACGGAUCAGCAGCGCUUUGCUUCUCAUGUGGGCCGUGACUGGAAGCGAGUGGGUCGAGCGUUACAGAAGAAUUGCCGGGCACUGAAGGGGACAGCCAUCGACAAUCUCGCGUAUGAGUAUGAGAGGGAGGGGCUUUACGAACAGGCCUAUCAGCUACUGGGACGCUUCAUCCAAUCAGAGGGCCGGAAUGCUAGGCUGGGGCGUCUCAUCAGCGCGCUGGAGGAAGCGAAGCUGAUCAACAUGGCCGAGAUCAUGUUGGACAUUCAGCCCUGAAAGUGAGGGGAUUGUAAGUGUGUGUGUGUGAGUGUGUGUGUGUGUCUAAGUAGGUCUGGUACCUAAAUGCAUAUUGGUUUCUAGUUUUGAAAAAUGCAACAUUUGCCAUUUUGGGUCAAAAUAUAUAGGACCAGGUUAUGAUUCUGGGAACAUUUAACAUUUGGUUUACCCCAAAAAAAUAGAAAUAAAAGGUUUCUUCAAAAAAUUAAAUAAAUUAUGGAAAAUUACAUAAAAACAAACAGUCAGAGAGUCAAAACACAGUCAAAACACACCCGAGCGCAGAGAACACGUAUCCAGCAAUCAAUAAAUGAUUAUAUAAAUAUAUAAAGAAGAAAUUUAAACAUUCGUAUCUGACUUCCCAAAUCCUCCCGAGCACAGGGCAUUUACGCAUCACAAUCAAGCAACCGAUUCACUUCCUGCAGAGGAGUCGAUUCAGUGUCGAUUCCUGUUCUCUUACGAGUUUGUUCUGAAGCAGAUGUAGACCACCGUGCUCAGACGCUCUCGGACCCGAGCGCGAUCACUGUGUUCUCACCUGACAAAAAAACACACCAAGACUUUCUAAGUCGUCCAUCGAUUCGGGUGUGAAAGUGUUCUUAUCAUCAGACUGUCCUUUUUUUUUCCUCUUCUUGCAUUCAGCAUGUCUGGCUUUACCAUGAAGAGCCGCACAUGUCUACGUACAGCUGCACAUGAUAAUCAAAGUCCUUCCUGAGCUAAAUCGUGUGGGUGCCAGAGCCAGUGUUUUACAUUCAAAACCAAAAUGUUUUUUUAAUGUGCAAUCCAGAACCAUGGAACAAACCUUCACAAACAUGUUCCUCUGGUUUCCAUGUUUAGUUACCUGUAUCCAGGUUGAUAAAGAUUUAGACUUAUAUCCCUCCUGGUCUGUACUAGGGUUAUAUGAUGAACUGUGUAUAAAUGAAAUGUUUUGCAUCAAUUUGUCUCUUUCAGUAUGUGAUUAAAUGUCAUGCUUACAUACAUGUUUGGUACACAGGAAGCAGAGAGGUGUUUAGAAUAGUAAAUGUGAUUGUAUUUUUUUGUGAUAUCUAGCAGUAUAAAGAAUUACAGUGAGAUGACCAAAGUGUAGAAAAUAACAAAACACCAAAAAUUAUCUGGUGUAUCAGAAAAUAUCAGAUAUUACACUGUAUCGUGAGGAAAAUGGAGCUUAUACUAGUAUGGUUUAUUAUGACUUCGAAAGAAAUGAAAGAAAAGUGUAAGAGCGGUAAAUAAUAAUGAUAUAAAUAAUACAAAGGACAACUACA